AUGUGCCCAGCCAAAAACUAUGCACCUUCAAUAGAUUCAGUAUUUAGAAUAACCAGUAGCUUCCUCAUUAAUUGGGCAAGAGCUCCUUUAUGGGUCCAAUUAGCUUGGACUGGGACGGAAGAGAAGUCAAAUUCAGCAGCUUCAGUGUCGGCAAUUGGCUGGAAAUUUCUAGAGAUGGAGAUCAUCUUGAAUUCAGAAAAGGCUAAGUCUUCAAACUUGCUAGCUCUAAGAGAAAAAGCUUUUCCCAAUCUGCUGAAAAACGGGUUUAAGCUGAGUUGCCUCUGAAAAUCUUGAGCCGCUGAAUGAUUCUAUUUCUUUAAAAUAUUUUAUUAA